AUGGCAGAAGAGACGACACGCCCUCUCAUCGUCGGCCCGGACUCCGGUCCUGAGGCCCCCUUCCCGCUCAAGAUGGAGGGCAAGGUGAUUUCCGGCUUCGGCCGGGGGUCCAAGGAGGUCAGUCACUAUCGAUCCUCGCCAACGUCUCUCACGGCAUGCACGAACGCCUCAUUCUUCACCACGCAUAUACUACACCCCGCGCGGCACCCACUCCGGCUCGUGCUCGACACGAGAAGCCUCACAAGACCCGCGCCGCUAACGCCCCUCGGAAUCCCAACCGCAAACCUCCCCGUAGACGCGUCCCAGACCCCCUGGAUAGACACCACGAAAUCCGGCGUCUACUUUGGCUGGGCCUCGCUCUCCCUCCCCGCCUCGCACCCAGACCGCGUCGCCCCGCCCCCGUCCUCCGGCGCCGGCCCGGCCCAGCCCCACCUCGAGUUCCAGCUGUACCCCAUGGUCAUGUCCAUCGGCUACAACCCCUUCUACAAGAACACGGUCCGCUCCGCCGAGGUCCACGUGCUGCACAAGUUCUCGGCAGACUUCUACGACGCCCACAUGCGCCUCCUGAUCCUCGGCUUCGUCCGUGAGGAGAAGGACUACAAGAGCCUCGAGGCCCUGGUCGCCGACAUCAACACCGACUGCGACGUCGCGCGCAACUCGCUCGACCGCAAGGCCUGGGCGCCGCCCAAGACCCUGAGACCCGGUGCCGAGACGGACGGCGUGUUGGACGCAAAGUGGCUCGUCGAGCCGCUACCCAAGGCCUGA